AUGAUUGAAUUGGAUUAUCAUACAAAUUUGACGGUAAUAUCAUCGAAUUUACAACCUUCGGUGUAUUUAACCAAAAAACCUGACUUAAUUCAAGGAAUUCCUGACGGUGUUUUGGCUUUGAUAUCUCCAGUUAUACUUUACUGGAGUUAUUGUACAUUCUUUCACAUCAUUGAUGUUUACCAUUUGGCUGAAAAAUAUAGAAUCCAUCCUUCAGAAGAAGAGUUGGCCAAGAACAAAGCUAGCUUGAAAGACGUCAUUUAUGAUGUGGUCUUACAACAUAUCAUUCAAACAAUAGUAGGUUAUGGUGUAUAUUGUCUUGACCCAACCCCAACUACAGGGUUUGAAUUGAAGGAGAUGUGGGAAUUAAAACAAAAGUUACACUUCUUGCCUAACGAAGUUAUCUAUUUGAUUUAUAUGUAUGGAAUUCCUUUAUUGAGAAUCAUUAUAGCUUUUGCCAUUAUUGAUACCUGGCAAUAUACUUUACACAGAUACAUGCAUAUGAAUAGAUGGAUGUACAACAGAUUCCAUUCACGUCAUCAUCGUUUACAAGUGCCUUAUGCCUAUGGGGCUUUAUAUAAUGAUCCUGUUGAAGGGUUCUUGUUAGAUACUUGUGGUACGGGAUUAUCGGCCAUAAUAAUGGGAUUGACAGCAAGAGAGAGUUUGUUUUUAUAUAGUUUCUCAACCAUGAAAACUAUUGAUGACCAUUGUGGUUAUAGGUUCCCUUACGAUCCAUUCCAAAUGAUUUUCCCUAACAAUUCUGUUUAUCACGACAUUCACCAUCAAUCUUGGGGUUUCAAACACAAUUUCAGUCAACCUUUCUUCACUUGGUGGGAUACUGCUUUAGGUACCAAGUAUAAGUUCGUUAAUGAAUACAAAGACUUACAAGACAAGGUUACUUUGGAAAGAUAUAAAAAAUUCUUAAACGACAGAACUAUCAAAAAGAAUAAGUGA